CCCUCCUCUCCCUUUGUCAUUCUCUCUGCCUGCUGCCUCCGCAGCGUGCCUCUAGCUCUCCCUGUGCUAACUGCCUGCGCCUUGACAGCCCCGGCUGCGCAAAGCAGAAGGAUUAGUUGGGACUUGCCUUGGAGACCCCAUGGCAUCCCCACGAACCGUAACUAUCGUGGCCCUUUCAGUGGCCCUGGGACUCUUCUUUGUUUUCAUGGGGACCAUCAAGUUGACCCCCAGACUCAGCAAGGAUGCCUACAAUGAGAUGAAACGUGCUUACAAGAGCUAUGUCCGAGCCCUUCCUCUGCUGAAGAAAAUGGGCAUCAAUUCCAUUCUCCUUCGAAAAAGUAUUGGCGCUCUUGAAGUGGCCUGUGGCAUCGUCAUGACCCUGGUUCCCGGACGUCCCAAAGAUGUGGCCAACUUCUUCCUGCUCCUGCUGGUGUUGGCUGUGCUUUUCUUCCACCAGCUGGUCGGUGAUCCUCUCAAACGUUAUGCGCAUGCUCUGGUGUUCGGGAUCCUGCUUACCUGCCGCCUGUUGAUUGCCCGCAAGCCUGAAGACCGGUCUUCUGAGAAGAAGGCCUUGCCUGAGAGUGCAGAGGAGCAACCCUCCUUAUAUGAGAAGGCCCCGCAGGGCAAAGUGAAGGUGUCAUAAGAAAUUGAAAGUGCAAAAUUAGGACCUUCUAGGCAGUUGUCUCUUUGACACCCAAGAAGAUAUCAGUGUGUGUUUUUCAUUUGAUUUAUUUAUCUUGGGGGAAAAGAGAAAAAUACAAACUGCAAGUUAGUUGGCUUGUGUACAUCUAUACCCUAAAAUGACCUCCCCAUAUUGACAUUCGUGCACCACCUUUAAUCACUCUGGAGCAAUGCUCACAUCUUGCUGCAUGUUCAUGUAUAUGGCUACUAUUGAGGUGUAUUCGUGAGGUGGACUCCAGCAAGCAUGUGACUGUGAGAUUAUGUGUGGGGGAAUGUAUUUAACUGCCAUGUGUGUGAGUACACACACAUGUGUAGGGGAGGCUCUGAUCUUGAACUAAUCCUGCACAGGUAUCCUUCCCUUUAUAAAUUGAUGCCAGCAAAGGUAGAAUAAAGGAACCCUCCUGUCAAGAGAAUCCUAUUCUGGUAGAAAACAAAGAACCUAUUUCCAGGUGGGGUGGAAGUCCCUUUCUGCGUUAAGCUGUAAACAACUUACCAUUUUAUGAGAAGAGUUUCUUCAAUUUAAUCAGCCUCUAGUUCAACUUUCAAGUUUGAAACACUCAACAUCAAGUUCAGUUCAAACAAGGGACAGAUGCAGCCACUAGUCUGGUUCUUCAAGUGAUGCAGUAGGAGGUUUCUCCUUGCCUUGUCUGAGCCCAGCCUACUGAGCUCUGGCUAGCAGUUGGAAAUUUAAUUAACAAGCUUUUCCUAGCCACAGUCAAAAUUGGUUUUAAGACCAAAGCUGCCUCACUUUCACUAUUCUCAGUAGCCAACCAGGAUCUGACAGCUUUCCCACAGUUUCCACUGAGGGACCAGUCACUGGUCCUGUUACAAGUUCGAAUCUCCAGCCCUAGCGGUUUUCUGAAACCUGAAAUUGAAUAGAGAAGCUAUAGCCAGUGUUUAUCUAUCAGAUGAGUCCUCUACUCGUAUUGAUUUGUCACUGAACUUUGCUAAUGUUAACAAAGUCCAAAAUACACCCAGAAAUGUCUAUUUUACACCUCUUCAGCAUUCCGGUGGGUGGAGUUUGACUAGGGGAAGGACGUUUGACAUGGGUUAGUUGGAUUGAGCAGUAUGGAAAUUAGCUUUCGUAGUUACAUACUGCUGUUUCUCUUUGUUAAAUGUGCUUUGGUUUUAAUAUUGUGCCAGGGAUGGGAAAGGGGGCGGGGGUUGUGUGUGGGGAGAGUACUUACUGUAUUUUCUUCAGUGUCAUUGUUCUUGGUAAUUGAUAACUGUCUUCUUUCGCUCAUUCUUUCAAAAUAAAGGUUUUUGAAAUUUGGA